AUGGGGUUUAAGAUUGUCUUCCUUUCCGGAUCAACUGAGAAACUUACAGAAGUGAGAAUUUCUAAUUUGAAAAGAUCUGGUUAUCAAAGUUGGGAGAUGCUCAUACUAAAGAAAGACUCUGAAUCGGAUACUAUAGCACUGGUGUACAAAUCCAAUAAACGCAAAGAACUUGUAAAAGUGGGAUACAGAAUACUUGGAAACAUAGGAGACCAGUGGAGUGAUCUACUUGGGACCAACAUUGGUAGUCGGACUUUCAAGUUGCCUGACCCGAUGUACUACAUUAGUUGA